CUAAACUUAGCGCCUGUGGCUGCUCAGAUCUGUUGGUGUCUUACUGACUCUCGCUGCUACAGAGUUUACAUGCGUUUUAGUUUGUGGAUACUACACACUGUACAGACUCGAGCAGUUUGCUGAGGAGUGCUUCAGGAUAAGUCCUCCAGCAUGAGUUUGAUGGACAUCUCUAAGAUCUUUUCUCUUCUUCAACCCAAAGAGGAUGAGGAGGAAGACACCAACUGCAGUCACGAACUGAAUCAAGCUGUCUUUACAGACAAUGACAAACUCCUUACUGAACUCUUGUCUCAAGAACAAUACAGAAAGUGCAUCAACAACCGCAGUGGUUGGGGGAUCCCGGUCACUCCACUGCGCACGGCAGCUGCUCAGGGUCACCUACGCUGUCUGGAUGUCCUCCUGGAUCACGGGGCAGAGGUCGACAGUCUUGAUGUCAAAGCUCAAACGCCACUUUUCACAGCCGUCUCUGGCAAACACAUAGAUUGUGUUGUCGCUUUAUUAAAAGCUGGCGCAGACCCUAAUGGAAGCCCACAUAACAACUGCUCCCCUGUGUUGACUGCGGCCAGAGAGGGUGAUGUGGACAUCCUGAGGGAGCUCCUACAAUAUGGCGCUGAUGUAGAUGUCAAGCCCAAAAUGCCAGACUGGGCCUUAAAUGCCACAGCCUGCCGAGGACCACUGUACAUUUCAGCCGUUUAUGGUCAUCUGGAAUGUUUUAAAUUGUUGCUGCAGUUUGGAGCCAACCCAGACUACAACUGUACUGAGGAAAAGAUGCUUGCCAGGAUCAAAGAGCCUAAAACUGUUUUGGAGAUGUGUCUGAGACAUGGCUGUGGGCUGGAAUACAUUCAGCUGCUCAUAGACUUUGGAGCAAAUGUUUACCUACCCACUUUAGUUGGAGAUAAAACCACCAGUGAGAAUGAAGCAGUGGUGCUACUGCUCAAAGAGAGAGUUUGUCCAAAAACACUGAUGUCUCAGGUGCGACUUUCCUUAUGGAAGUUCCUUCCGGAGGAAAACAAAAUGUCCUCCAUAGACUGUCUGGACAUUCCCCAAAUACUGAAGGACUAUUUGAAUCACAUGUCUUGAUUUUACUCCAUUUUCACUUCCGACGUGGAACUGAAGAAAUUGACUAAUAUCAUGUUCUCUUUUUGUAAUAUUUGUAAUAAUAUCUGUAUUUUAAAUGCUACAGAUAACGUAGCUUUGAACUGAAUGUUUUUAUUUAUAAUAAAAUAUUUAUGAAUAUGUGGUAAAUGCUGCAAAUGUGUUGUGUUUUAGAUUGGUUGUUCAUACAGUGGGUUAUGUUCUUCUUUGGUUGUUGCCAUUAUUGCAGAUAUUUGCAACUUUAUUACUGCCUUGUGGUGACCAUUGUCAAUGAUUUCUGCUGUGUAGUUGAACCAGCUAUUAAGGGCUUCAAAAUUACCUUCAAACUGCUGUAAUUCUGUAAUAGAGACAGUGCUGUAAUUAAGACAGGAUUGAGAUAAAGUUGUUUAAAAUUGUAUUCACACAUUCAUUCAGUGACAACUUGUGACACUUGUGAUAUGCACCCUACAUUGUUUACCAUGGUACUUUAACAUCAAAACAACACUAGCACUAUUUAUUUGACUUUGAUAGUCCUUGGCUGCUAAGUUUGUAGCAAUAUUUGUUUACAAUACAGAGUAUGAAUUACAUUGUCAAUAAAAAAAGAUACAAGAGAGAGAAAGAAAGAAAGAAAAAAAUAAUAAUAAAGAACAUGAUUUAAACUUGAGGGUAAGACAUUUAAG